AAGUCUAGUUACCAGUUAGAAGCGGUUUUGUUCCGGUGAAAACCGCUUGUUUUGCUCAACAACACAGUAACUGCUGCCCACCAGUCUGUCUGGGUGCUUGUUGCUCGCUGUGAUUGUUAAGUAUCAAUUUCCUGUGUCACCUUUUAUGGGUUUUAUUUAUUUGUCUGCUCCUUCACGUGGAACCAAGCCCGGGCAUCGCUCAGAUAGAUGGAUUAUAACUCAACUGCUUGGACUCAUCAAUUUUGGAUAUUUGACUUCCGGAAUCUCAUACAACUGUUACUGUCACAUAAGUGCACAGCAUUAUCAAGAUCGAUGGCAUUUUAAAUGUUUCCCAGUUAAGGAUGAUCGGUGAUAAUAAAAAGAAAAAGCUGCAUGGAAAUCACCGGUUUAUUGGACACCCUCAUGUUAGGACAGUCGAAGACAACUGCCGUGCAAUAAAUCACACAAACAUGUGAAAUGUGUUCUCGGUGAUGCAAGCUGUCCAGAGAAGCGGAGCCUCAGCUGAACAUCACCUUCUUUCUUUUUUGUUUGUGUGCUAAAUGUGAUCAUAUAACUUCUGCUGCAUAAAGAUGUCCAGCUAUUGGCCAACAUCAGCAGGGCACGUCAUCUCCAUCAAUCAGGGACCUGCUGUUUCUCCUCUGAGGAAGGUCCCCACGGUCGUCCAGCCGCCUGACCAUGCGUUUGUGAAUGCAUGAGAGGCCGGGCAUGAAGUGCACCCGCGUCCAAUGAGUAUGCAGGGAGAGGUGAUAAUGACUUCCUAUCAAGAGUUAACGGCCGAAGGGGAGAGAAGAAGCCCACUGUUCACCGGCUGCUGCCGAGCAAAAGAGGUCAUAAAGCGGGACCUGUGCGCCAGGACUCAUCCUGAACUCUGCAGCCGUGAUGAGGGGAGAAAACUGGAAGUGGCUUCAAGAUUUAAUUCUCCGCAUCCUCACUACUUAACUCUCAACAACAGUUUAACUCUGUGCACCUCCUCUGUCAGCCCCCCUCUGCCUCCUUCUCCUCCUCCUCCUCCUCCUCCUCCUCCUACUCCUCCUCCAGUGUUUGUGUUUGAGACUCUCGGGGGCUCCUCCACACCGGCCUGCCCCCACUCGUCCCGUGUCCCCUGGCGGUGCAGGGCGCAGGGGCAGAACUCUCCAAGACGCGGACACUGUGAGUCAAAGGACGGCGAGACGGGACCUGGCGAUUUUAUGUCACUUUCAGACCAAACUAUUCAAAUCCACUCUUACAGUGGCCUCAACACUGACGUCGCCGUCCGAAGUUCGCUCAGAUCAGACUCUAACAUCAUGGCUGAUACGGAUGAAACUUUUGAGUGGAUGAGAAUAAAGAGGAGUCUGCACAGGGCGGCAGGAGUCCACAUGACCUGCGGGUUCAGUGUUGUUGGCUCGGGUGUCGAAGCUAUGAAGGCUGGAGUAAGAAGCAGCGGCAGCAGCAGCAGCAGCAGCAGCACAGUCUGCGCGUUGGGUCAUCCCAGCACGGUGACCGGGACCCCGAGGACCAGCUUCAGCACCAGGCAGCUGACCGAGCUGGAGAAGGAGUUCCACUUCAACAAGUACCUGACGCGGGCCAGGCGGGUGGAGGUCUCCUGCGCCCUGCAGCUCAGCGAGACGCAGGUGAAAGUGUGGUUUCAGAACAGACGCAUGAAGCAGAAGAAAUUACAGAGGCACGGCUUUUUCUCAGAGUCGGGGCCCGCGGCUCUGCACUCAGACACCCCGGACACCUGCCUCUCCUCCCUGGGACCGACCUCACCGAAACACCUGCCCCUGAACUCCUGAGCCGCUGGAGCAGCAUCAGCCUGCACCUUUUUCAUCCGCGUUUGCAUCGGUUUCACUGAGGCUUCACCUCUAUUUGCUUACACCACGAUGGAUGAUUAUUACAAGAAGCGAGCAAUGGCGAAACUUCUUCAUGCAACAACGGGUCAAAACAAUCAGUCAUCCUCGCCGGCCUCAGACUGGCGCUCUGAUUUGAAUAUUAAAAUUCAAGUCAUUACAUUUCGCGAUCCCAUCUUCUACACAAUGUAAACGACGACAUACAAACUUUAUAUUGAUUGUGAAGCGAUGCAGUGUUUAUUUAUUUUGUACAAUUAUACAGGAACAGACCGU